AUGCAGACUGCUUCUACAAACAUUUUGUGAAAGAAUGGCAAUAAGUCCAUCCGUGAAAUUUCCUUGCUACUAAAUAUUUCACGGUCAACUGUUAGUGGUAUUAUAACAAAGUGGAAGCAACUGGGAACAGCAACUCAGCCACAAAGUGGUAGGCCAUGUAAAAUUCAGAGCAGGGUCAGCACAUGCUGAAGCGCACAGUGCGCAGAAGUUGCCAACUGUCUGCAGAGUCAAUAGCUAAAGGCCUCCAAGCUUCAUGUGGCCUUCAGAUUAGCACAACAGUGUAUAGAGCGCUUCAUGGAAUGGGUUUCCAUGGGCUGAGCAGCUGCAUCCAAGCCUUACAUCAAGUGCAAUGCAAAAGUGUCGGAUGCAGAGGUGUAAAGCAUGCCACCACUGGACUCUAGAGCAGUGAAUGUGUUCUCUGGAGUGAGGAAUCCUGCACCUGUCUGGCAAUCCGAUGGACAUGUCUGGGUUUGGUGGUUGCUGAGAGAAUGGUACUUGCCUGCCU